AGUUGGCCUGGACAAAAGCUUUUUUAAAAAAGCGUUCCCCUCCUCUCCUCCCCCCAAACCCCGCAUUUCCACCCACUAGAUUCUAAUGCGUAAGCAGGAGUGACAACUACUGCCCUUGUGCUUUUUUGGGAACAAGAAAUUGUCCAGGGAAAAGAUAAACGCCAAUCAGUCUCUGAUCUCAGUACUAGUCUAUUUUAAGCUAAUUAAGCAUUGAUUUUUUUUUAAGUUUAUGACAAACUGCUAUUUUCCAUUCAGUUAAACUAAAUGCGUUUUAAUGAUAGGACGGUAAUUAAUCUAACCUAUUAAUGAAAAGCUGUAUGUCUCGCAGAACUAUGAUAAACUACCUAAUGACGUCAGCUAAGGGUCUAGAAAUGGAAGAAUGAUCGCUAUAUCUUUUUUAAAAAAUAGAAUUUAGGCAUCUUGGGAAAAAAAGAAGCUAAUCUACACUGGAUUUCUGUUAGUGUGAAGACUUUUGUCCCUGUACCUGCUAGGGCUUAUCUGUAAAUGAAGUAAGAUGGUCAACACCAGGGAAACAAGUGUUCCUGGUGCCUGGCAGUGGAACACCUUGACUAUCUUGGAAAGAAUUAACUGGCCCCAAGUGGACUUCACAUUUCAUUCCGUGAAGUGGGAGCCUGAGAACAUAUUUUCUGUGUGAGGCUGAAACUGUUGGAGGCUUCCUGAGAUCAUUCUUGAGAAUGGAGCGACCACAUAGGGGUUUAUGAGCAAUUGCAGAUACUUCAUUGCGGACAAUGAAGAAAAUCAAGGGUGAUCAGGCAAGAUAUAGCCACUGCUCAGCACACAGUCUGAAACCUGGGUUUCAAGUACCCCUUUUAGAUGAACAAUCUUCUCCAUUUGGAAUGUUCCACAUAUGGCUAUUGUAAUUCUGAAUUAUCUUUCGUAAAAAAAAAUGCCACUUUUAAAUAUAGCAUGUUGAUUAAGAGAAUGGACUCUGAAGCCAGAUUUCAUCAGUUUGGAUUUUGGCUUUUCCCCUUUCUAGCAGUUUGACUUUGGGUUUGAUUUCUGAUGACUCUGGCCUGAGUUCCAGGAUGGUUUUUUCUUGGGACCAGACAUGAACAAAAGUUGACCUCAUGAGCACUUCAACCUCUCCAGCUGCCAUGCUCCUCCGGAGGCUGCGGCGACUCUCCUGGGGCAGCACUGCUGUCCAGCUCUUCAUCCUAACAGUGGUGACGUUUGGCCUGCUGGCCCCCCUGGCCUGUCACCGACUUCUACACUCUUACUUCUAUCUGCGCCAUUGGCAUCUGAACCAAAUGAGCCAAGAGUUCCUGCAGCAAAGCUUGAAAGAGGGUGAGGCUGCCCUCCACUAUUUUGAGGAGCUUCCCUCUGCCAAUGGCUCAGUGCCCAUUGUCUGGCAGGCCACCCCCCGGCCCUGGUUGGUGAUCACCAUCAUCACUGUGGACAGGCAGCCUGGCUUCCACUACGUCCUGCAGGUUGUGUCCCAGUUCCACCGGCUUCUUCAGCAAUGUGGCCCCCAGUGCGAGGGGCACCAACUCUUCCUGUGCAACGUGGAGCGUAGUGUGAGCCAUUUUGAUGCCAAGUUGCUCUCCAAGUACGUCCCUGUGGCCAAUCGCUAUGAGGGCACUGAGGAUGAUUAUGGUGAUGACCCUUCGACCAACUCGUUUGAGAAAGAGAAGCAGGACUAUGUCUAUUGCCUGGAGUCAUCCCUGCAGACCUACAACCCAGACUACGUCCUGAUGGUAGAAGACGAUGCUGUACCAGAAGAGCAGAUCUUCCCAGUCUUGGAGCACCUUCUGCGGGCUCGCUUCUCUGAGCCACAUCUCAGAGAUGCCCUUUAUCUCAAGCUGUAUCACCCGGAGAGGCUCCAGCACUACAUCAAUCCAGAGCCCAUGCGGAUCCUGGAGUGGGUUGGUGUAGGCAUGUUGCUGGGGCCCUUACUAACCUGGAUAUACAUGAGGUUUGCCAGCCGCCCAGGGUUUAGCUGGCCUGUAAUGCUCUUCUUCUCCCUGUAUAGCAUGGGUCUGGUGGAGCUGGUGGGUCGGCACUAUUUCCUGGAACUGCGGCGGCUGAGUCCUUCCCUGUACAGUGUGGUUCCUGCCUCUCAGUGUUGCACCCCAGCCAUGCUCUUCCCGGCACCUGCGGCCCGCCGGACCCUCACCUACCUGUCCCAAGUGUACUGCCACAAGGGCUUUGGCAAGGACAUGGCACUGUACUCGCUGUUGAGGGCCAAGGGAGAGAGGGCGUAUGUAGUGGAGCCGAACCUCGUGAAACACAUCGGGCUCUUCUCCAGUCUCCGGUACAACUUUCAUCCCAGUCUCCUCUAGGGUGCCAAGAGAUGCCUUUCUGAAGUUGGCCACUUCUUGAAGAUUCAAAUAUUUAUCUCUUUAUUUAGACAUGGUUGCCUGCAGGUAUUUUACUGUUUACUGUUGUUAGAGAUAUAGGCACUGGGGCAGCUGAGGAACCUCAAUAUGUUAAGAGCCUUGGCUUUGGUAGCCUCCUGGCAGGAGCAGCAGUUUGCCACAGGUCCGGACCUCUCCCUCCACACAGCCACACUGCCUCAUGCAGUCUGACCCACCCAGUGAGGGUGCAUUUGAACACUGAUUAUAUUCUCCAUUUGUUUUUAAGCUCUGCUUUGUGUUAGAGCUUGUGACUGCCAAAAAUUAUGUGCACAGUGAUAUGACUGUUUUAGGAUCUUAAGGGUAGAAGUUUGUGAAAGGUGAGAUCCUUUGGAAUUGAGUUCUUUCUCAUUGGGUAUGAAAAUGGAUGUAUGUUUAGAAUAUAUGCCCAACGAGGCAGGACCAUGUGGAUAGAUUCCAUUUGUUUCCUUGACCUGAUGUAAUAAAAACUGAUAAAAGCCGUGCAGUGCCCGGCAUCUUGGAGGCAGGUGAUCUGGCUUUUCUGUUACCUGGGAUUUUCUUUUCCUAUAUAUCUGUAGUGCACUGAUAAUUGAUAUUGUUAGUGAGAACUUUAAGGCACGACAAGAUCUGGAAGAGCUUGUGAACCAUCAAAGUCAGAUUGCUUAUGUUGAGUAAUGAUUUAACAUUGAACAUUUCUGUACUACUCUGACUCUUUGAAAAUUGGACAUUUCAGAAUGAUACAAUAUAGGGGAGCUCUUUACAAGUAGCAUAUCAUUUUUCCUGACUUUCCUGGGUGACUGCUUACCUUCAUUUCUUUUUCUUCUAGGUAGCAUGAUGUUAUAGAAAAAAAAAAAAAAAAAAAGCAUCGACUGAAGUCAGAAGACCUGAACUUUUAUUUCAGAUCUCUGCCAUGACCUAACGACGUGACCACCUUGGGCAGGUCAUAUAAUCACUCUGGGUCUCAAUUUCUUCACCUGUAAAAUGAGGACAGUAAUACUUACCUGUUAAAGUUGCCUUGAGGAUUAAAUGGCAGAAUAUAUGUAAAACACCUAGCAAGUGCUUAGUCCAUAGAAGACACUUGGCAAACUUUUCUCUCCUAUAAUAAACAUAUACAACUCAAGCUUAUUUCGGAAAAAGAUAUUGGUGAUGUUGUUUAAAGUAUGAGAUAGGGCAUGGAGCUGCCACCUAUGUACCAGCUAUUCCAGAUGACCAAGCCCUGCUAGAAUAAAGACUGACUUUUCAUUGUGACCUCUGAAGGAUGUGCAGCUCAGCUUUCACCUAUCCCCACCUUCACCCAAGCCAAAAAGAAGAAUUGUUCAUUCAAACUGGAAAUGAUCUCCAGCUUGGAAAUGAGACUCCUCAUGAGCUUAUUCUAAGAUCAGAGUCUGAAAAUUAUUUUCUCAAAAGUUACAAAUAAAUGUCUUUUAACAGUACUGUCAGACUAGUGACCAACAAGUUACUUUAUGAGGAUGGAUGAUGAUAUUAGAGUUCAAGCAAUUGUCCAGUUUGUUUUGAUGCCACAGUUUGCUUUUAAAUUCCCAUAGUGAGCUUCCAUCUUGAGACCCACUCAACACAGAAGGAUUACAUAAAGGUUGAUCACCCACGCUCUACAGAUGAACAAAUUGAGACCCAGAGAUGCUAAACUGCUCUGCAGGUCACAAACCUGAACAGCAGCAUAGCCAAAAUGGGAACGGAGCUCUUCUGACUUCAAUCCCCUGCACUUUUUUCUUAACCACAUUAAUUUUAUGAAUAUCUAUGUGGUCAAAGUCUCUUUUGUAAAAUCUGAGUAUAAGCUGAACUAAAUCAUGUCUCUGUAAGCUAAGAUGGCAGAAACACAUUGUCAUGUUAGUUUGGAGGAGCAAACAGAUAUAAGUAUGUGUUGUAAUGUUAUAGUGAGCUGUUAUGUAACCCCCAGCAAUGUCCAAAGUGAUCAGAGCUACCAGAUGACUUAUUACAAUGUUCAGAUCCCACUCCUUCAUUCCUCCUCUCUCAGUGACCUGUCUACCCCCAAGCUUUAGAACUGAGCUCUCUCCAACUUAGAACUCAUUAGAGUUUGUUGCAUUAGUGAUUGGAUCUCCUCAUGAAAGUUUUUUGACCAAUGACAGUGGAGCCACUUUAAGCUAGCCAGGCCCAAGAUAGGGAAGCACUGCUGGUUUACAUUUCUGCUCUUUCUAAUUCAGUUGUCUAUUGCAUGCAGACAUCCCCUGCCCGACUUCUCCAUUAUGGAAGGCUAAGGCCAUCCUUCCUUGUCCAGUUUCUCUACCUACACACUAACAUGCCUUUUCCCCAUGGAGUGAACUCUGCCAGUUGUCUUUGGACAUUUUCUGCAGAUGCAGGCUCAGUUCUGCUCUUUUGUUCCCACCCACUUCUAGAUCUUCCUCCAUUUAAUCCCUUAUUCUUAUAAGGAGUCUAAUUUUUGUGUAUUGUCCUUGAUUAGGGCAGCUGACAGCUUUACACCAAAGCUGAAGUCUCUCACUUAAUCCUAAGCAAGGGGCUAGGGAGAACUAAGAUAUCCUUCCCAUAUCAAGGGACAUAGGUUACUAGAAGGGUGGAGGUCUCUUAACAGGCUCACUCACCUUUCAGAGUUUAAAUUAUGGUCAGGCUUAAGAAGCUCUCUCUUGUGACUGAGUGUAUUGCAUAGACAUGUCUGUGAAAAUAAAAGCACCCAUUUUGCUAAGGCUUUCUGAGAA